GGACCCAGGGUCUGAGGCGAUUCUGGGAAGGGGCGGUCGCAUCCUGUAGGAGAGUGGGCUCAGGCCGGGUGGAAAGCGCUGGGGAGACCCUCCUCGGCUUCUGGCUCGGCCAUAUUGACGGAAAGGAGCCAGCCUGUUCUCUCUCGACCCUGUCUCCUGUCCCCUGUCGCUGCCACGCGGGUGGGACUGGGGGAUGGGUCUGGCAGGUGUGGCUGCGGGAAGGCCCUGGCCAUAGAAAUUUAUCCCACUGAGCUUUGGGCUUUGGGGACAGCAGUCUGUAGCUUUGGCCUGAAAUUGGAUUUAUCCCUUCAUCUCCCAGAAAUCUCAUUCAUUUUCUUUUUUCAUGCACUCAUCCCUCAUUUUUACUCUGUGGCCCAUUGGUAGGUUCUCUGAAUGAAUCUGACAGGCUCAACGCUCUUGGAAUUCAGUCUAGAAUCUAGUCUAGAAAACUUUUAAGUAGAUAAUUACAUUCAAGGUGAUCCCUGAAAUGAUGGUGGUUCAGAAAGAGAAGGAAGUAACUAACUUGAGGAUGAUACCAUGAAGCAGCUGCCGGUCUUGGAGCCUGGAGACAAGCCCAGAAAAGCAACAUGGUCUGUAAGGAAGGAUUCAGACAGAGAAAAACAUAGGUACACUUUGACCCCCGGUGGAGACAGCCCCUGUGCUCGGGUUGGCCACAGCUGCUUGUAUUUACCCCCAGCUGGUGAUGCCAAGAGAGGGAAGGUCUUCAUCGUUGGGGGAGCAGAUCCAAACAGGAGCUUCUCAGAUGUGCACACCAUGGAUCUGGGAACACACCAGUGGGAUUCAGCCACUUCGGAGGGCCUACUGCCCCGGUACGAGCAUGCCAGCUUCAUUCCCUCUUGCAUACCUCACAGCAUCUGGGUGUUUGGAGGUGCAGACCCGUCAGGAAAUCGAAAUUGCCUACAAGUUCUGAAUCCUGAUGCCUCCCUUCUCUCUGGACCAGAAACCCGAACUUGGACCACGCCAGAAGUGACCACCCCCCCACCAUCCCCAAGAACAUUCCACACAUCAUCGGCAGCCAUUGGAAACCAGCUGUAUGUCUUUGGGGGCGGGGAGAGAGGUGCCCAACCCGUGCAAGAUGUGAAGCUUCAUGUGUUUGACGCAAACACUCUGACCUGGUCACAGCCAGAGACACUUGGAAAACCUCCAUCCCCCCGGCAUGGUCAUGUGAUGGUGGCAGCAGGGACGAAGCUCUUCAUCCAUGGAGGCUUGGCAGGGGACAAAUACUAUGAUGAUCUUCAUUGCAUUGAUAUAAGUGAUAUGAAGUGGCAGGAACUAAGUCCCACCGGGACAACUCCCACAGGCUGCGCUGCCCACUCAGCUGUGGCUGUGGGGAAACACCUGUAUAUCUUCGGAGGGAUGACUCCCACAGGAGCACUGGACACAAUGUACCAAUAUCACAUAGAAAAGCAACAUUGGACCUUACUUAAAUUUGAUUCUUUUCUACCCGCUGGACGAUUGGACCAUUCCAUGUGUAUCAUUCCAUGGCCAGUGAUGUAUACUUCUGAGAAAGAAGAUUCAAAUUCUGCCAGUGUCAACUGUGAUGCUGAGAAAGGGGAUUCCACUGACACAGGAGUGACCCAGGCUUGUGACUCACAGGAGCGAAGUCAGACUGACUCACUGCUCUGUUUUGUCUUUGGUGGGAUGAAUACAGAAGGGGAAAUCUAUAAUGAUUGUAUUGUGACUGUAGUUGACUAAUAAAAUCCACGUUUUUAUUA